AUGCCUACCUCUCGACGAUCAACUGGCGCAACCCGCGGCCGUACCGGCCCUGCAAGAGGCCAAUCAACAAUCAGUUUCGCCAGCAAAGUCACAAAAAGCGUACCAAAAGAUGUCAAGAACAAUCUGGUAAAGUCUACAGCCACCAAGAUCGACGUCCCAGAGAGAACGAAGCCCGUGCAGAAACAGGUUGAAAAGGCUGUCGAGGAUGACGCAGACGAGCGGGAAGAAGAGGAACAGGAGGAUCCAGAGCCCAGGGAGGAAGUCCCGGAUAAGACAGAGGCUGAGCUAAAGGCCGAGAAGCUCACCGACUCGCAUAUCGAUAAAUACUGGAAAGAUAUUGAGAAGGAACGCAAGGCGCCGAGGGUCCACCAGGAAGGAUUGUCCGUGAAUGACAAGAUUUUGCGAUACUUUGACGUCAGCUCUCAGUAUGGGCCUUGCAUUGGAAUCGACCGCAUGAAGCGGUGGCGCAGAGCCGAGCGGCUUGGCUUGCGGCCUCCCAUUGAGGUUCUUUCCGUGCUGCUUAAGGAGCAGAACAAAUCCAACAAGGAGGCGGAAACGGCACAGAUGGACCACAUUCUCAACUCUAUUGCUGUUGGAUCAUAG